AUGUCCGGUGCACUGGCUGGAAGAGUAGCUGUUGUCACCGGCAGCUCGUCUGGAAUUGGUCAGGCCAUCGCACUGGCAUUCCACCGCGAAGGGUGUAAAGUCGUCUGUGCCGACUUGAGACCCCAGGGCGAGGGCUGGUCAACAGAUGAAACCAUCACCAAGGACGGGGGUGACGCGCUGUUCUGUAAGACGGACGUGAGCCAGGCCACUGACGUGGAGGCGGCGGUUAAAGCAGCCGUGAAUAGAUACGGCCGCCUCGACAUAUUCGUCAACAAUGCUGGAUGCGCACCUGAAGUUCUUCGGCCCGCACCCGUCUGGGAAACCGAGAUAUCGAUGUGGGAUCGUACGCACUCUGUCAAUUCACGUGGCAUCUUCCUCGGUACCAAGUACGCCGCUGGCCAGAUGGUUAAGCAAGAGCCACUCAGCAACGGUAGCAGAGGCCGCAUCAUCAAUAUUGCUAGCAUAAUGGGACUUCGGGGGACUGCUAAAUCUGGUAUAGUCAUUCAUCCUGCCCAAGUGGCCCGAGAGGGGGGAACUGCAAAGACCGCGAUGUCCUGA